CAUCAAUUACCCGGUUUUGAUGGGGUUCGGUAAGAUUCUUCUCGCUUUCUGUCUUCAACACUUCGCGAAGGGCAAAAUCAACGGAUUCAAGUCACGUCGUCGAUGGCCCGACGAAGCCUCCCAGUCCUCAAACAGCUAUGCGCUCGCUCGGCGUCUUCUGACCUUUUUCCCAACCUUCUCAGAUUAGGGUUGGCUUCUGGUUCAGCCCGACCCGUCACCUACAUGCCCCGCCCCGGCGACGGCGCUCCGCGUGCCGUCACCCUAAUUCCCGGUGACGGAAUCGGGCCUCUGGUGACGGGUGCGGUGGAACAGGUGAUGGAGGCAAUGCACGCGCCGGUCUACUUCGAGCGCUACGACGUCCACGGCGACAUGAAGAGCGUGCCGCCGGAGGUAAUCGAGUCUAUUCGCAAGAAUAAGGUGUGCUUGAAGGGAGGCCUCCGGACUCCCGUCGGCGGUGGGGUGAGUUCUCUCAACGUUCAGCUCAGAAAAGAGCUCGAUCUCUACGCUUCCCUUGUCAAUUGCUUCAACUUGCCCGGUCUUCCUACUCGCCACGAGAACGUUGAUAUUGUGGUCGUUAGGGAGAACACGGAGGGCGAGUACUCCGGCCUCGAGCACGAAGUCGUCCCCGGCGUCGUCGAAAGCCUUAAGGUGAUGACAAAGUUCUGUUCAGAACGUAUUGCCAAAUAUGCCUUUGAGUAUGCAUACCUUAACAAUAGGAAGAAAGUGACAGCAGUGCAUAAAGCCAACAUUAUGAAACUAGCUGAUGGUCUAUUUUUGGAAUCCUGCCGGGAGGUUGCAAGCAAGUAUCCCAGUAUCAAGUAUAAUGAGAUUAUCGUAGACAACUGUUGCAUGCAACUCGUUUCAAAGCCUGAGCAAUUUGAUGUUAUGGUGACGCCUAAUCUUUAUGGCAAUCUAGUGGCCAAUACAGCCGCCGGUAUUGCUGGAGGCACGGGUGUCAUGCCAGGAGGUAAUGUUGGAGCAGAUCAUGCAGUGUUUGAGCAAGGGGCGUCGGCAGGAAAUGUGGGGAAGGAGAAGAUAGUGGAACAAAAGAAGGCCAACCCGGUUGCUCUACUUCUGUCAUCUGCUAUGAUGCUGAGACAUCUCCAGUUUCCUUCGUUUGCGGAUCGGCUGGAGACUGCAGUGAAACGGGUGAUCCGGGAGGGCAGAUGCCGGACCAAAGAUCUUGGCGGGGACAGCACCACACAAGAGGUUGUUGAUGCUGUGAUCGCCAAUCUCGACUGACUGCCUGCCUGACUCACUGACUCACUGAUUCUGCUUGCUUGCUUAAAAUGACUACUACUACUAACAACCACCACUCUAAUACGUACUGCUUACUAGUCACUUGCUGACUCUUGUCUUGUGAGACAAAUGUGGUAAGAUAAUAAUUAAUUUCGUUUCUCCCAUCCCAUACGAUUUAGUAUUGUCAUAUCAGAGAAUUAGAAUGUGAUAUUCUUUCUUCCCAGUUUUACAAAUUAAUAUCACCGUUUGAGUUGUGAUAUUAAUAAUUCAAUAAUAAUAAGGCCUGCCCUCUGACUCAAGAGUUUGGUGGGUCCCACUCUCUCUC